CAGAUCAUUUGUACAUGAACGUGAACUUUUAUUCUUUCAACGUCAUUAUUCAUAAAUGGUUAUUAACUAAAAUAAUUAAAUAGUAAUGAAGAAAAAUUCGAAAUUACAAAUCAUAUAUAUUUUACAAUUAAAUUUCUAUUCAUUACAUAUAAAAUAUUCUGUUGAUAUUUUUUAAAUUAUAAAUAUGUCAGACAGUAUGGAGCGAGAUAAAAUUGAAUUGUUGACAUCUAAAGAAAGAGAAGAAGAGGAAGAAAUGAAACGAGAACUUUUAGAUAUGAAAAUGUAUGAAACAUGGUAUACUUAUAAGGAUAUGAAAGAAAUUUUAGGAUUCAUUAAUGAAUCUAAAGAUAUGGCAAAUAUGGCUAAUGAUGAAAAAAAUGCACAAAAGGAAUUAAUGCAAUCUUCUAGUGAUUGUUCUUCAGAAAUAAUGCUCAAGACAAAUUUAAUACAAGAACUAGAAAUACAAGAACACAUCAAUAAUACAUCUCAGUCAAUACAUUCACAUAGGUCUAAUCAUACAUCUCCAAUACAUGAAAGAACAUUAACUCAUGAUUGUAGUAAUUCUGAUCUUGCAUCUGCUAUUGUUGAUUCAAGAAAUUCUGUGUAUAGAGGAAAAAAUUUGGAUAAUGAAGAUAUAUUUAUUAAAUCACAAGAUAACUCAAAUAUGAGAGAUAAUUAUUCUCAUAAUAUGAGUAGAUACAUUUCUUUAAAAUCGAAAAAUUCUUCACAAGAUUCGGAUAUUAUAAAUAAUUCAGAGAAGAAAAUGGACAUGUAUUCUGAAUGUGAUAAAAAAUUGGAUCAAUGGCAAAUUAAUCCCCUUGAUUCAUGUGUUAGUGAAAAUGAUGUGCCUUUGCAAGAGCCAAAUCGACCUGUAGUUCAAGAUCGUAUGCCAUUUAGAUUAUGCAAAGAUGCACAAACACCUGAAAUGCUUGAGAAACUACUGCCUGCAUUAAACUUUUAUUUGAAACAAACAGCAGAAUUAUGGCAUAGUUGGCAUCGUACUACUGAUACUAAGUUUCAAUGGGGGUCACCCAUUCAGGUGGGUCUUACUAAAGAUAAUUUGGAUAAAAAAUCAGUAACAAAUAUUAAGACUGAACAGAAUGAAAUGGAAUGUAUAAAUAAAUAUAGCAAUGAACGACCUAAUAAACGUAAAUCAACUAUGAUUUUUUCUCUUUCUGAUGCAAUAUAUUCUAGCAGUGAUGAAGAUGAAUAUACUACUAAAAAAAAAAAAAUUCAAUCUUAUGAAGACAAAAAUAAAGAAUUAAGUUUAAAUAAAAUGGUAUAUACUGCUAAAUGCAAUGAGAAAAAUAAAAAUUUAAAUCAUGAUAAUAUUAGUAAACUUUUUGAUAAUAAAGAAAUUGAACAUUUCAAAAUGGAAUAUAAAAAAGAAUCCAAAAACUGUUUGCCAUCUGAAUUACUUUCUUUAUGUCCAAAAAAAAUUAUACCUCAAAUUAGAAAAAAUAUUAAUAAAAAUAUAAAACACAUUGUUAAUAUGUCUCCCAAUAAUUCAAUAGCACAUAAUAGCAAUGAAAAAAAAAAUGUAGUGAAUUUGAUAUCCAAGGAUAAAAAUAACAUUCUGACUGAUGAAGAAAUUCUCAUAGAAUUAGAAAAAGAUAAUGAAAAAGCUAAAACCACAUUUGAAAAUAUUGAAAUUAAACCAUUACCCAUAAAAAAUUUUUCAUAUAGAAUAAAAAAUGAAUGUAUAACUUUAGAAAAACUUCAACUUGAGAAACAAAAAAAAAUUGAAAUUCAAAGAGAAAAAGCUCAAAAAAAAGAAAUUGAAGAAAAAAAAAAAAAAGAAGAAUUAUAUAAAAAACAAAUAGAAGAAGAACAAAAAAGGGAAAAGCAAAGAGAAGAAAAAGAAAAAGAUAAAGAAGAAAAAAACAAAAGAUGGAAUAUAAUAUAUAUGAAAUCAAAAAAAAAAAUUAGCAAAAAAGAUGAAGAAAAAUUACUGAAUAUAAAUAAACAAAAUAAGAUAUCAAUAGAUGAUAACAGAUUGCUUGAGGAUGAAAAUACUUCCAAAAUUAAUGAAAUUGAAAUAACAGAUAAUAAUCUUUCAAAUAAUAUAAAUUGUCCUAUAUGUAAUAAAUCUUUUCCAAAUGAUAAAAUAGAAGUACAUGCUGCUGGAUGUGAACAAUAUAUAUCUGAAAAUGAACAUGAAAAUGAUGUACAUUUAUUAGAAAAUAAAUCAUUACCAAUAGCUAUUAAUAAUCCCGAAAUUCUUGAAUGUGGUGUUUGUUCGAAAUAUAAAACGACUAAUGGAAUACAUUAUGAAGAACACGUUAAUACUUGUUUACAAAGACAACAUGAAGAAGAAUCCUUAAAUGAAUAUUCAAGCAAUGAAUUCAGCAACAUUCCUAAUUCGCCUGUUCGUUGCUACCGACCAAUUAGUGAACAAACUGAUUCAUACAUAGAUUAUAGAAGACAAUUUCCUUCAAACAGUAAAACACAAAUAUAUUCCAGUAGAAAAAGAAAACGUUUAAAUUCUCUUAAAACAAAUAUUAUGAAAAAUAUUAUGAAAAUAUUCUUUCAAUUUAUAACCAUUAUAUUUUUAAUUUAUAAUGUUUUGUCUCUAACCUUAGAUGGUUCAUGGAUAGGUAAAAUUAUAACUGAAAAACAUAAAUAUGACAUCACAUUUUCUGCAACUGUACCAGGAGGUAUUUAUACUGAUUUAAGUAAUGCUCAUAUUAUACCAAAUAAUUUUAUUGGAUAUAAUGAUUUAACUAAUCGAUGGGUCGGUAAUCAAUCAGUUUUAUAUACUAAAAGUUUUUGUGUGAAUGACACUUUAUUAAAUGAUCCUAAAGUAUUAUUAAUUUUCCAUGGUGUAGAUACAUUUGCUACAAUUCUUUUAAAUACUAAAAAAAUUGGAGAAACAUCAAAUAUGUUUUUAAGAUAUACAUUUGAUGUGACAAAAUAUUUAAAAAAAGGAGAAAAUUUAUUAGAAGUUUUUUUUUCUUCUCCUGUUAAAGUAGCUGAAAAUUUAUAUAAUGAACAAGCAUCAAAAUAUAUAAUUCCUCCAAUAUGCAAUCCAAAUACUUAUAAUGGAGAAUGUCAUAUAAAUCAUAUAAGAAAAAUGCAAGCAAGUUUUGCUUGGGACUGGGGUCCUGCUUUUCCAUCAAUGGGUAUUUGGAAAAGUGUAGAAAUAAUUCCUGUAAAUGAAAUUUAUAUUAUGGAUAUUACAAUAGAUAUCCACAAAGAAAUAAAUUUUUGGAAUAUUAUGAUUACAUUAUUCUUUGAAACUACUUUACAAAAAAAUAGCCAAUUUAUAAUUUGUGAUAUUUCAUCUGUUCUUAAUAUUAAUGAACAAUUAAAUAUUUAUAAUUCUACUAAUGUUAAUUUAUAUACAAAUAAUAAAUAUGUAAAAAGUACUACAUUUCUCAAUGUACCUAUAGAUCUUGUGCAUGAAUGGUGGCCAAAUGGUUAUGGCAAUCAAACUCUUUAUUUAUUAACUGUAACUGCAACUACUUCUACUAAUGUCAAACAAAAAACAAUACGUAUUGGUUUCAGAACAGUAGAACUUGUACAAAAGCCUCUCAAACAAGGAUUAAGUUUUUAUUUUAAAAUAAAUAAUAUUCCAAUAUUUGCAAAAGGUAGUAAUUUUAUACCAGCUAGUAUUUUUCCUGAAUUGACUGCUCAGAUGGAUACAAUUAAACAUUUAUUAAAAUCUGCCAAAAAAGCAAAUAUGAAUAUGCUUAGAGUGUGGGGAGGUGGACUUUAUGAAUCUGAAUUAUUUUAUAAUAUAGCUGAUGAAUAUGGAAUCAUGAUUUGGCAAGAUUUUAUGUUUGCAUGUGGAAUGUAUCCUACUACAGAAGAAUUUCUUAAAUCAGUUAGGAAAGAGAUAAUACAAAAUGUACGAAGAUUAAAAAAUCAUCCUAGUAUUGUUCUCUGGGCUGGAAAUAAUGAAAAUGAAGCAGCUUUAUAUGAUAAUUGGUAUGGAACUGGAACUAAACAAGUAUAUAAAACUGAUUAUAUCAAACUUUAUGUAAAUUUAAUCAAGAAAACAGUUGAACGAUUAGAUUCUACACGACCUUUUGUAAUAUCUAGUCCUAGUAAUGGAUUAUAUACAGAACAAUAUAAUUAUACUGGAAAAAAUCCAUAUUCAAAGAUAUUUGGAGAUGUGCAUUAUUACAAUUAUUUUAAUAAUGGUUGGGAUAUGCAUCAAUAUCCUCGUGCAAGAUUUUCAUCUGAAUAUGGAUUUCAAUCAUUGCCAUCAAUUUAUACUAUGUUGCCAGUUGCAAAAUCAAUUACUGAUUUGGAUAUAGACAGUAACUUUCUUGAACAUCGUCAACAUUUACCAUUGGGAAUAUUUUUUCUGAAAAAUCUUAUUUCAAAAAAUUUAAAAUUACCUAACAUUCAAAAUACUCUAAAAAAAUUUGAAAAUUAUAUAUAUUUAAGCCAAAUUAAUCAAGCAGUUUCUGUAAAGAUACAGACAGAAUAUUAUCGACAAUCAAUGUCGGAAUUAAAUGAAAUAGGAGAAGGAAUGACAAUGGGUGCUUUAUAUUGGCAAUUAAAUGAUGUUUGGCAAGCUCCAUCAUGGUCUUCUAUUGAUUUUGAUGGGCGAUGGAAAAUGCUUCAUUAUUAUGCUGUGGAAUUUUUUGCACCUCUUAUUGUUACAUAUUAUAUUCAAAACAUGGAUCUUUCCAUUUAUAUCGUUUCUGAUAAAACAUAUCCAAUAAAAAAUGUUACUUUAGAAAUGAAUCUUUAUACAUGGAAUAGUAUAAAACCUAUACAAUCAUAUUUUCACUCCAAUAUAACUAUUGAAGCCAAUGCAGUAACUAAAAUUAAUGAUAAUGUACUCAAAUAUUCAUGGAUUUUAAAUUCCACAACACUUAAUGAAUGCCAAUUUAACAUCACUAAAAAUAAUUGCAUUACAACACUUACCUUAAGAGACAAAAAUGGACUUUCAAUAGCACCAAGAAAUUACAUAUAUCCAAAUAAUGCCCUGAAAAAUAUUGCAUUACCAAUAGCAAAUGUUUCUGUAAAUAUAAAUGAUUAUCAUUUAUCUGAAAAAUUCUUUAAUUAUUUAGAUAUUGAAAUUGAAUUAAUAACAAAUAAUAUAAUACUUUUUGUAUGGCUGGAAGCUGGUAAUAUUUGUGGUCAUUUUUCAGAAAAUGGUUUCCAUAUGUUUGAAAAUACGAAAAAAAUUUUAUUCCAUGCAUGUGAUGUUAUUACAUCAGAAAUGUUAAGAACAACUUUAAAAAUUACUACACUUUCUGACACUUAUUAAAUUGAUUCAAUUUAUCCAUUUUUAAAUUGUAACUAAAUAAUUAUUUAUCUCCAUAAUAUUAAAUUUCAUGUUUGUGGAAAAUAUGUUUCGCGAUGUAAAUAAAUUUCAAAUCCAAUAAGAAUAAUAAAUAUAAUUAAAAUUAUA